AAAUUACAUAGAUAUUUUAGUUAUAUAACUUAAAAAAACCAAACUCUAUAAAAAAUAUUAUUAAUAAAUCUGUCCAGUAAAGAAAACCGUUAUAAUGAUUUCUGUAUAAAAGAAGAAAAAAAAAAAAAAAAUACAAACUAAAACAUAUCUUACUCAUAAGGCCUGCCCAAAGAAACCCUACUAAUGCGGUGAAAAAGCGAAGAAACGUAAAAGCAAAUCCAGCAAUCGUUACAAAAUAGCAUACACUAACCUAUAAAUAAUACAAAAAAUAAAAUAAUUACAAUUCAAAGAAACAUAUAAACACACAUGUAUAUGUAUAUAUAGAUAUGUCCAUAUACAUAAAAUGAAAGAGCACAUGCCGCCUUAUUUUUUGAUAAAAUCAUUUAAAGAUACUCACAGCAAUUAUUGAUGUAACGGAAAUAUUUAGUUAGACUUAUUUUCAAUCGAUACAGUAUUGUAAUCUACUCCUACACAUACAUAUACACACACCAGGCGCGCGUGCGCGCGCCAGCGUGCUCGCACACAUAAACACAAACAUACACAUUCACAUUUGAAUGGAAAAGGGCACAACUAUGAAACGGAAACAAAGGCGUUACAGAACCACUUUCAAUACAUUACAACUGCAAGAAUUAGAACGGGCUUUUCAACGUACCCAUUAUCCUGAUGUUUUCUUUCGCGAAGAGUUAGCGGUACGGAUUGACUUGACCGAAGCCCGAGUACAGGUAUGGUUUCAAAAUCGUCGGGCUAAAUGGCGUAAACAAGAGAAAAUUGGCCUAAAAGAAGGUGAAAAUUUGACGGGGUCUGCCUCAUUUGAAGACAAUGGCAUCGAGCAGUUAAAACAAAGUCUAGGCUCCUCCCUAUUGCCUGAUACGCCGCCACAAUCAUCUAAUUCCUUGGAUAACGAAAGCAAAACUACCUAUAGUAACGGUGAUGGCAUUACAACACCAUCGCGAAUGUCACCGAAUAUAUUUCUUAAUCUGAAUAUAGAUCAUAUGGGACUAGAACGGGGUGGAGGUUUAUCUAUGGAAUGGUCUAGUUAUCCGCCAACCACUAUUAAUGAUCAUAAUUACAAUGGUCUACCUUCAACAAUAGCCAAAACACCGCCUAAUAAUAAUGUACUCAACACUCCGACAGAUCAACAGCAGCAAGAAAGUGAACACUCAUCCCUGAAUAAUGUUAUAUUACAGGAUCAUCAUAACGCUGGUUUAAUUGAUAGCUCUUGUCUUAACGGAUCAUUAGAUUUGGUAGAUACAAACACUUCAGCAUCUACCUAUGAUGAAAUGCGCUUUCUUUGUGUCGAUCAAUACACUAUCGAUCAAUUCAAAGCUGAGUGCAUUUUAAAUAUGGAUCAUAACUUAGGUUUAGAUGAAUGCGAUAAAGACGUAGGACAAUUGGACGAAACAAAUGUUCUGCAUUGUGCUCAUCACUUAACAUAUGAUCAUCAACUGCAACCACAACAGCAACAAUCCACUUCACAAUUGCAUCAUCAUCUGCAAACGCAAUUAUUCUCCACCGAUCAACAACAACAUAAUAACCAAGAAUCCGGUCAUCUAAAUUUAAUGCAGCAUUUCAAUCACACACCAACGGCAGCGGCUGUAACGUCAAUGCCAAAUAAUUGUACAAUAACUACAACAGCAACAACACAUUUACUUCAAGACCCACUACAACAUAACCUGCACACGUUAAAUUUAGAUUUACCAGUAUUUGCUGGUCUACAGGGCAUGGGCUCAAAAUCACCACCGCUAUUAAUGCUGGAUAAAUCUAUGUCGUUUAAUGUUAAUGUGGAUAGCAUCGGCGACUUGGUCGAUGAUAAAUUUUAAUAAUCUUAAGUAAUUAAAUUAUUAUUUAAAAAAAAGUAUUUUAUUUAGUUAGUGUUUGUUCUUAGUAAAAGGUUGUGUAAGUCUCUCCUAAUAUCAAAUUUCUAAUGCCUUAUAGUACAUAUUCCUGUAAACAAUUUUGUAUAAAUUUUCAUUCUUUACAAGAAAAUAAUUUUUAAUUUAAUGUUCAAGUUUCAGUUUUAGCAGAAUUUAAAUCAAUUGUAAAUUUAAAUCAGUUUUAAAUAAAACUACUCUUUAUGCACUUAUCGAACAAUAUCAACAAUGCCACGCAAUCUAAAAUGUAUAAUCAAGCUUCUUAUAUGGAUUGACAUAUUGACAUGAUUGACAUGUUAAUUUAGGUUAGGUGAGUUCUUAACACAAAAGGAUAUAAAAAGCUUCUUAGUACAAAAAGGACGUUUGCCAUGCUUUAUCUAAGUAAUACAUUGAUUUUAUUUUUGCCAUCCAUUAUCCUUUGCAGUAAUGCCAUUAUAAACUGUCGUAAUACAUUGGAGGAUAGAAACAUUAAAUACAUUGAAUGGUCAUACUUAAAAAAAUGUUUAAUUU